AUGGUGUCCCCAUUCCCGUUGGCACUAGCUGAGACCUUGGAUGGUUACGUGGUUAAAUCGUCAUCUCCUAACUCCAAUGACCCUGGCCUGCUGAUAUCGGGCUCCGGUUGCUCACUAGUUGACAACGAGAACAUCAACCCAACCUCUCCUUUCACGACAAUUUCGGGUGUGAUCGGUAUCAUACGUUUGAGAUCCAACUCAUAUGUGAUCACUGCUGAUGGUGCCAUGGAAGUGGGUAACUUUUUGGGCCACAAGUUCUACAAGGUGUCUACUCAUUCGAUACUGCCAUUGGGUAAUCAUCUCCAGAGGUACGCUGUGGUUGACGACGAGACCAAAUAUUUGGAGCUACUCAAAAACCACCUGAAUGAGGCAACGCUGUAUUUUUCUUACACUUAUGACCUGACCAACUCUCUGCAGAGACAGGCUAUGCAUGGGGAGUACUCUUGGAGGAAUGCCGACCCUUCGUUUUUCUGGAAUCAUUUCGUUCUGAGCGACCUCAUGGCCUUGGCCAAGGAUAAACCAGCAGCAGAUAUGUUUGUUUUGCCGCUAAUCUAUGGGUAUGUGAAUAUUGUGAAGACAUCUGUUAGUAUGAAGUCGAUUGGGUUCGGAUUGAUCACUCGGAGAUCGCGCUUCAGAGCUGGAACCAGAUACUUCCGCCGCGGAAUUGACGAGUCAGGCAAUGCUGCCAAUUUCAACGAAACCGAGCAAGUUCUGUCGGUGUCUCACGCUGAUGGCCAGGAUGUGUUUUCGUAUCUGCAAACCAGAGGCUCUGUUCCAGUCUACUGGGCUGAGAUCAACAAUUUGAAAUACAAACCGCAUCUGUUCAUUGGCCCAUCAUCUUUGUCCGCAACAAAGGAUCACUUUUCUCACCAGGUAGAAAAGUAUGGCACGAACUACCUCGUGAACCUCGUGAACCAGAAGGGCUAUGAGAAGCCCGUGAAGAGUGCGUACGAAAACGCUGUAAACUCUUUGGGUGACCCCAGAGUGAAGUACGUCUACUUCGACUUCCACCAUGAGUGCAGAAAAAUGAAAUGGUACAGAGUUAGACUGUUACUCGACCACUUGCGCGAAAUGGGACUGUCACCUACAGACUACUUCCAUGAGACGGUUGGUGAAAAGGUUGGUGUAUCUAAAACCCAGACCAGUGUGGUGAGAACCAACUGCAUGGAUUGUCUUGAUCGUACGAAUGUUGUGCAAUCUACACUGGGAAGGUGGGUUCUUCAGUCGCAGCUUGAGUCUGUGGGUGUGUUGGUUCCUGGUCAAUCCUGGGAAAAGGAUGUGAGUUUCAACCUUCUUUUCCAGAACCUUUGGGCCGACAAUGCUGAUUACGUGUCUAAGUCGUAUUCGGGUACUGGUGCUUUGAAGACAGAUUUUACACGUACCGGAAACAGAACCAAGAAGGGUGCUUUCAACGAUUUCAUCAACUCUGUCACCAGAUACUUGAAGAACAAUUACAAAGAUGGCCCCAGACAGGACGGCUACGACUUGUUUCUCGGAAAUUUCUUGCCUUUCGAGUCUGUUUCGUCUCCGUUUGCCGAUCAGCGCCCUGCCCUUAUCCAGGCAAUGCCUUUUGGCCUGUUUGCUUCUGUCGCGGUGCUUGUGACCACCAUAAUAUAUCCUCGAGGAUCUCUCUUCGAGCUGAAAAACUUCUCGUUCCUGUGCGUAUGUCUAGCUUUGGUCACGCAAUCUCUGAAUUACAUUUUGAAAAAUGGAUAUCAGUUUGUGAAUUGGCCGAAGCUUUGCAAACUGGACUUCUUGGAAAAGAAGGAAGUUUUGAAAGACGGCAAGUUUAGGGGCAUCCAGUUUGUGAGAAAUGGGAUCUUUGCGUCUGACUCUGACGUCGCGAAGAAAGAGUAG